AUGGAAACCACUCCAAGCGCCCUCUCGUCCUACGACUUCUCCAUGCACGGUCUGCGCGAGCAAAUCAUCGCCAACGCGGCCACCCUCUACCCACAAGAGGUGGUCAAGAGCGCCUCCUUCCAGACCUUCGGCAUCCUGAAGCCACACGAGAUCUUCCAAGUUAUCGUAUCUGGCUCGCAGCAGAUGCGUGCCACACUCCUGUGCCGCAGCCCAAAUGUACGUAUCAUCGCUAGCUCCCCUCUCGCCCCCACCGCCGAAGACGCACUGGAUGGUCUGCUGCUCGUCACCUGCGAGGCACUUGAGUGGUACACGGAGAAUCUCCUGGGCACGAUGAAGAACGCAGAGAAGUGUGCUGGAGGAUCAGUCGACUACGGUAUGGUUGAGGGCGGUUUCCAGUUCGCGGCUGAGCAGCGCAUUCUGGCAGAGCGCCCCAUAAAAAUGGAGGGCAUGAAGUAA